AUGGAAGACGAGCUUGAAGGAGUGGAUUUGUAUGAUUUGAAUAUUUUGGAUGAUAACAAACCAUUCGAUGGCAGUGAAGAUGAGUAUUUUAGUAGUGGUGAGCCUGGCCCUAGUGGGUUACAAAGAGCUAAAAAUUUUUCGCCGAUUGCGCCACCAGAAGAAGUGAUUCAAGAAUUGGAUAUGUCUCAUUUAGGAAUAGAUAUUUUAAACGAUAACGAAGAAUUUGAAGCUAGUGAGAAAUAUUUUGAUGGUGCUCUAGAGGGAGAGGUGAUUGGGGAAUUGGAUAUAUCUCAUUUGGAAUUAGAUACAUCAGGCAAUACUGAAGCGUUUGAAGGCUAUGAAGCUGCAUAUUUUGAUAGUAAUAAGCCCGGUCCUAGUGGAUUACAAAGAACUAAAAGUAUGCCGGCGACUGAUCAUAACAGUUUAGACGAGAUUUUGGCAGAGAUUGAAGAAACUAGUGUAGUACAAGGGGAAAAUUCAAAUAAUCUUGAUACAGAGGAAGAUUUGCCAACUUUAGAACAAGUUAAUUCUUUAUUGGCGAUCAAUGAAGCAUUUAAGGAAACUUUGGAAAAUCUAGUUCGACGAAAAAUGUUGAGAGUUAAAUUACGGCAAUCAGACGAACCGACUUCUCGAGGCAAGAUAAAGAAAGUGCCCAUUUCGCGUUUUAUCUAUCCUUAUUUUCGCGAUUCCCAUAAUAUG